AAGGCCUCGUUGGGUUUUCUCCACGCUGAGUGGCUCAGCCGUCCCCGCCGCACGGCCGUGGGGGCUAUAAAGGCACGGGGUGGGACGCGGGGCUGAAACCUGCGCUACGGGACGGCAUGGCUGCUGCGCUCAUCGUGCUGCUGGCCCUGGGGGCUGCCGUGCAGGUGGCAGUGACUGAGCUGCCGCGUGAUGAGCACCAGGCCGUGGCUGCUGGGAGCCGCUGGGAGCAGCAAUGGCACCUGCUGGGGGACGGCUCAGCUGCGUGGGACGCAGAUGAAGGAGAUGCAAUGGGACCGGGCAAGGGGAUUAAAUGCAGAGCCUGCGUCGCUCUGGUGAAGAAGCUGCAGAAGAUUGUAGGUGACGACCCUGAUGAGGAGGCCAUCGACACAGCGCUGGACAAGGUGUGCAGUACAGGGAAACGCCAGAAGAACAUCUGCAGGCAGCUGGUGAAGAAGCUCCGGCAGCAGCUCAGCGAUGCGCUGCAAGAUGACGACGAUCCCCGCUCUGUGUGCACCACCCUGGGGAUGUGCAAGGGCUGAGCGCGGCCAGAGCCCACAUCCUGCGCCCCACAUCCUGUGCCAGAGCCCCACAUCCUGUGCGCAGACCCCACAUCCUGCAUGUGGACCCCAAAACGCAGACCCACAGCCCCGUCCCAGCCCUCCUUCCGCUCCCUGUUCCCAUGCAAUAAAGCCGCUCACCUCUUCUGUC